AUGUUUGACGGAAAAUAUAAGACAGAAAUAAAUCAUGAUUUAACUAAUGAUAAUAAAAUUGUCGACAAUUUGUCGACUAUUGUUGAGACACCAAUACCAUCGAUGCCAACCAUUAUCAUCGAUGGUAACCAAAACAACGAUAUCUAUAGCCAUCAACAACAACAACAACAACAUCACCAAAACUAUGACCAAAAGCCAUACAUAUUAUUGGUAGACAAUGAGGAGUUGUCACCAAUACCUACCAAUACUACUACCACUAGUACUGUCCAAACAUCAUCACCAUCAUUGUGUCAACCGAUUGAUGACCAAACAUUUACCGAUGAUGGACACUCCCACCACCCCCACCACCAUCAUCACCAACACCACCAUCACCAUCACCACGAUAACCACACUGCCAAUCAUUACACUGCUGGCGACACAUACAUAGACGCCAACAACAACAACAACAUACCGAUGACGACAACCACUAGCGACUGGUACACUACCGACGGCUGCGAUGACACCGAUGAUGACAUGUAUUAUAUGAAAACGUUGGACGCGUUUGCGGCCGUCACCUCUGGCGGUGGUGUCAGCGGCGGCAUCGGCUGCUUGACAGCCAUGGAUCAGAUUAUUGCCCAAUCAAUUAACAGAGAGGACGGCAACGGCGGUGGUGGUGGCAGUGGUAGCAGUGAUAUGAUGGUCGACAGUGGUUUCGAGGACGGGGACGGGGAGGUAGACGGUAGGGCCAGUAGUCCCCUAUCUGUGUUCAACACAUACGAUGAUAACGACGAAGACGAUAGUUGUAAGUGCCGUAUAGAUAAAUCAUGUAACUCACCCAUGCAUCGAUUCAAGUGUGACUGGCCCGGGUGUGAUGUAUCCCUAGUAGCCUAUCAUAAACUGGUUGAACAUAAACGCAAACAUACCGGCGAAAAACCAUUUAAAUGCAAAUACAGGGCCUGUAUGUACGCUACGGCCCGUUUGUAUUCAAUGAUUAUACACGAACGUACACAUAAAUUGGUGGUACCGGCACCUGCACCGGUAGAUACAAUAUAA